UCGGGGAAAAGCCCUGGAGGGGGGAAGCGUGCUGCUGCCUCAUCGCCUUUUCUGAAGGGGAAAGAGCAAAAGAAGAGGAACAAUGCCCAGAGAAGGCAGGCUCCGGGAGGGAGCUCGGGAGGGGCGUGGCUCGGCGCGCAGAGACCGGAUAAAUAGAGAGCCCUCCGCCGAGAACGCCGAGGAGGACUUGCCCGGACGGAGAGUCAGCACCGCGGACAGCGACACCAGCUGCCUUUGAACCCCCCCCGCCUCCCAGCACCACACUCUCCCACGCAUCGCCCAGGCGCACGCCAUGGCCGCCGAGACUUACCUGCAAGGAGUGGAGAUCUCAGCUGCCCAGUUUUUCGAGAUCUGGCGUCAUUACGACUCUGAUGGCAAUGGGUACAUGGAUGGGAAGGAAUUGCAGAGUUUUAUCCAGGAGCUGCAGCAGGCACGAAAGAAAGCAGGACUGGACCUAACCCCAGAAAUGAAAACAUUUGUUGACCAGUUUUCGAAGAGUUCUGAUGGAAAAAUAGGAAUAGUAGAGCUUGCUCAGGUAUUACCAACAGAGGAGAACUUCCUCUUAUUCUUUAGAUGCCAGCAACUGAAAUCGAGUGAAGAUUUCAUGCAGACAUGGCGAAAGUAUGAUAGUGACCACAGUGGCUUUAUUGAUGCUGAAGAGCUUAAGAGUUUUUUGAAAGACUUGCUACAGAAAGCAAACAAGCAGAUUGAAGAUUCAAAGCUGUCAGAAUACACAGAAAUAAUGCUCAAGAUGUUUGAUGAAAACAAUGAUGGAAAGCUGGAACUGACUGAAAUGGCCAGAUUACUCCCAAUACAGGAAAACUUUCUCCUUAAAUUUCAGGGUGUCAAAAUGUGUGCAAAGGAGUUUAAUAAAGCUUUUGAUACAUUUGAUUCAGAUGGAAAUGGCUACAUAGAUGAAAAUGAACUAGAUGUUUUGCUGAAAGAUCUUUGUGAAAAGAACAAAAAGGAUUUAGACAUUAGCAACCUUGCAACAUACAAGAAAAACAUCAUGGCCUUGUCCGAUGGAGGAAAACUUUACCGAACAGAACUUGCUCUUAUUCUCUGUGCUGGGGGAAAUUAGAGUCCAUUGAUCACUUCCACUUAACUAGUGAUAUAUUAUAUCUUUAAAACAAAACAAUAACUGUGCACUAUAAGGGAGUAGGCUUUACUUUCUUUUAUAUCUUGUAAAUUUAAAUCUAUAUAGAGAUAAUUAGCCAGGAUAUGUGGCACAUUCUUUUCAGCUUGUUUCUAUACUGUUUGUAAUGUACAGUUUUUGUAACUAUAAGAUCGAUAAAGAGAAUGUCUAUGUUUGGGCCGGUCUGAUUCAUUUAAAACUAACCGACAAACCCAACACCAAAAGAUUCUGUGUUUUCAAGGCGGGAGACGAUUUUAACACACAGCAGAGACUGUUGGAGCUUGUUAUAUCCUUUGACACUUGCUGCAGCAGCAAUAAUGCAGUCCUGCCUUCCAUGGGGGAGAGCAAUACAGAUCAGGAAUCAAAGAAACGUUUUCAGAGUAACCGAACUGAAGGCAGGGGUCUGGCGGGGCAGCAGCACACUUGUCACAAGCAAGGAAUGCAUGGUGGUUUUUUUGCGACACACAGGAUGGCCUAGAGGUCUCUCUCUUGCAUCGAGGCAGGCUGCCUCUCCAGAACUGUGUUGCUGCCCACUGGCUCCAUCCAUAGACUACAGAGAAAGUCACCCUAAGACAUGGAGGGGCUGCAUAUGUAUUACAAGGUGCACUGGAGUGGCACUCAACCAUGAUUUGGAUUUGACUUCAGGCACAUUUGCCCAAAGACUGGCCAUCGCUGACUUAGGGGGUGUUGAAGCUCCUGAGACAUUUUCAGCAAAUACCUUCCCCACCUAUGCAAAGUACAAUGGAUAGCAUCCUCCAGACCUGGAGUGGAGUGGUGCUCCACCCACAGAAGCUUCUUCCAUCCACAGGAGUGUUGCACACCCACAAGGGGUCCUUGCAUGGAAGGAGUUCUUGAUUAGAAGGAGCAUCUGCUGACGGAUCACCACUUAAAUGCUGCCCAUUGUUUCAGCUAAUGGAGCGGGGGAGUUUGGGGCUCAUGGUUUACAAGCCUCAGUAUUAGAAAACUUAAGUCAUGCUGUAGCAUAGUCGUGUUAAUUGCCACCGAGUUCUAAAUUGAAUUUCCCUGAAUUUGUAUACCAAGAUCACAGGUUCCUCAGGAUUAUGCGACCCUGAGCUUCACGAUCUUUAAGCCAGAGGUUCCCAGCCUUGGGUUCCUGGAUGCUUUUGGCCACUGUGGCAGAGGAUGAUGGGAGUUGUAGUCCAAUAAAAUCUGGGGAUCCAAGGCUGGGGAUCCCUGGAAUUAAGCUACUUGGAGAGCCUCUUUAGGCAUGUAGGCACAACAACUGUCUUUUUACUAAACAAACUGCAAGUUGGAAAAAUAAGGGUACACUUUAAAGCCGGUAGAAUAAUUAAAAACAUGAAUCAGUUUCAUCCUAUACUGUUAUGUUAGUGUUAAUGAAAGCUGUUGUGUCAGAAUAUGACGAUCCAUUUUCUAAAACUAUUUCCACAUUUUGCAGAUUAUAAUUCUAGCAAACUGCUGUUUUUACAUCAUUCUGUGUAAUCUAUAAUUAAAUUUAAUAUACUAAGACUGCUUGCAUCUAGUUUUGUCUAUUUCCUGUAUUACGUUGCUUUACAGGCAAUAAAGAAAUAACUUGUG